CGCGGAGGAUCUGCUGCGCUUCUGGCAGAUGGCGAGCAUGGAGAACCUCCCUGAGGACGCCCUGAUUGCGGUGCUGGUGCUGGUGCCCGCCCAGGACCUGGUGCGUCACUGCCGGCUGGUCUGCUCCCUCUGGCGCGGGCUGGUAGACUUGCCUUCGCUCUGGAAGCUCAAGUGCCAGCGUGAGGGCUACUGGCCGGAGCCACUGGACACUCCCAUUCCGGACUGGCGCAAUUUCUAUUUCCUCUGCAGCCUGAAGAGGAACCUGAUCAAAAACCCCUGUGCUGAAGAAGGCUUUGAGGCCUGGAAGAAAGAAUCGAACGGAGGCAACGGCUGGAAAAUCGAGGACCUCCCGGGAGAUCACGGAAGAAAUUUCCUUCUUCCGCAUGUUCAGAAAUACUUUGUGACGUCUUAUGACUCAUGCAUGAAGGGGCAGAUGAUCACUUUACGGGAUCACGGCUACUGGGACCGGUUGAUGGAUGAAGCCCGGCCUGAUAUUGUGGUGAGCGACUG